AAAAGCAGCAUCCAAAAUAAACAAACGAAGGCAGUGCCACCCCAAGUUGCCAAUCACAGUUGUUCCUUCUUCCGAUCUAACCGUCUUUCCUCUUGGCAGCGCACUUCUUCCCCUCGCCGGCAUCCACCGUACUGUAUCUCCGCCGCAUUUUAGGAGCAAGCGUUGCCAGUGCACUUGUGCAAUGAAUCUUCGAUUUAGCGACUUCAAGGUGAAUAUUUGACUGGUACUCCUACACUUAUUAGUCAAGUUUUAGAAUAUAAAGAAGCUUCAAUGGCCAAGAAACCUGAACCAAGAACCAGUAAAUUGUCUGUGUACCUUUACAUUCCUAAUAUCAUUGGAUACAUCCGGGUUCUUUUAAACUGUGUUGCUUUCUCCCUAUGUUUAACAAACAAAAUUCUCUUCUCUAUUCUCUACUUUUUCAGCUUUGUAUGCGAUGCUGUGGAUGGCUGGUGUGCUCGCAGAUUCAAUCAAGUGUCAACCUUUGGAGCUGUGCUGGACAUGGUAACAGACAGAAUCAGCACUGCUUGCCUACUUGUAGUUCUCUCCCAAGUAUACAAGCCUGGCCUGAUCUUCGUGUCAUUGCUCGCCUUAGAUAUUGCCAGUCACUGGCUACAAAUGUACAGCACUUUCUUGCUGGGCAAGGCUAGUCAUAAAGAUGUUAAAGACAGCAGCAACUGGCUUUUCAAGGCAUAUUAUGGAAAUAGGAUGUUUAUGGCCUACUGUUGUGUCUCAUGCGAGGUUCUUUACUUGAUCCUGUUUUAUCUUCCGAAGAAUCAGACGGAGACCUUGGUGGAUGUUUUAUCAAGUAAUUUGCAGAAGAUAUCAUUACUUUCUUUCCUAAUUGGUGCUAGUUUAUUUGGAUGGGCAAUCAAACAAGUUAUAAAUGUCAUUCAGAUGAAGACAGCAGCAGAUAUGUGUGUGCUUUAUGACAUCGACAAAAAACACAAGCACUGAUGUUUCUUCCAUGACCAUGAAUUCCUUGCCUUUUGCUUUUAGUACCAAGUUUUGAGCUCAAAUAUUAAUAUUAGUAUCCCUGGAUGGCAAUUGAGCUGAUGAAGUGUUCAGUUUUCUAUCAUUUGUAAUGGAAGAAAUUGAACGAUGCCGAAUCAAAGAAUCUAGCUUUACAUGUAGCAAACAAAUUCUGUAGCCGAGGUCCAUUGCUUUUUUUGUUUACCCACUAUUAAUCAAGCUACAAAACAUUUGUUCAGUUCUGAAUUUAGAAUCCAUUGAAGUCUGUAUUAUCAGCUAAAGAGGAAU